AGAAGACACAUUUCUUUACUGGACGGUGUGGUUGGGUUAAUUUGUGUGUUCGGAAAUUCUGCUAGAAAAACCUUAAAAAAUAUUUCAUAUUUUUAAAUGAAAUUUCCCACACUCAUUGAUUCCUUCCAUUGACAAACUUUACCGCAUACGCUUUCUAGGAGAAGUCACCAGAAAUUGGCGAAAACUUUCACACGUCAUCUCUUCGAAUAGCAAGCAGCAACUGGUUGAGAGUGAAAACCUAAAAAAGAAUUUUUAAGGGUUUUCACACGGGGAUACCAGUCAACACCACACAUUGUGAAAUAACCUGUAUUCUAAAUUCCGAUUCUAACCGCCACAACAAAAAUGAGCCAAUUCACAGCGAUACUCCAAAAGGAAUUUCCAGCAAUGGACAAUGAACUUAAGGAGUACGUGGAAGGGGUUCUCAAAUCCAUUGAUGAUUUUGAGACAUCAGAUGAUAUCUAUGAUGCUGUGGGUGACAUUUUACAAAGUAUUAAUAGCGAAAAGACAGAGGACAAUGUAAGAGAAUUGUGCAUGCAGUUCUUUAGCAUAAUGAAAGUUGGUGCAGCAGAUGAUAUUAAACAGCAAAAAGUUCUAAAUGCCCCGGUCAACAUAGCAGAAAUGGCCAAGAACAUGGAAACAUCUGACAAUGAUAUGCACAGUAUAUGGCUGGUCAACAAGGAUUCGGGCAAUAAAGUUGAUUCGAAAAAAUUGGGCAAGGCUGAGGCAAAGUUACAACAAAAACAAGAAAAACGUCAAGAUUCUACAAAGGGUCCACAAGGCCCUGUCAAAUUGCAGCAAGCAACUGCCUCUCAGGUUACCAAUAAGAAGGCCACCAAAAUGGAUGCCAAAGGCACUAAUCGUUCUAUGGAUAUUAAAAUUGAAAACUUUGAUUUGGCCUUUGGGGACAAAGUUUUACUACAAAACGCCAAUCUUUUGCUAUCAUUUGGCCGCCGCUAUGGUCUUGUUGGACGCAAUGGCUUGGGAAAGACCACUUUACUUCGAAUGCUUUCGGAGCGUCAACUUCAAAUACCUUCUCACAUUACCGUCUUGCAUGUGGAACAGGAAGUUGUGGGUGAUGAAACUUCGGCGGUGGAUAGUGUGCUCGAAUGCGACACAGAACGUACCCGUCUUAUGGCAAGAGAAAAGGAAAUAAUGGCUCUAUUGAACAGUGGAACACAAGAUGCUAACCUAAGUGCAGAGCUUAGUGAAGUUUAUGCCCAGUUGCAAAACAUAGAAGCAGACAAAGCGGUGGCAAGAGCAUCUGUUAUACUUAAAGGUUUGGGUUUCGACAGUGAUAUGCAGCAAAGACCUACAAAAUCAUUCUCCGGUGGAUGGCGUAUGCGUUUGGCUUUGGCUAGGGCUUUAUUCUCUAAACCCGAUCUACUUUUGCUCGAUGAACCCACCAACAUGUUGGAUAUAAAGGCUAUAAUAUGGCUGGAAACGUAUUUGCAAACAUGGCCUACUACAAUAUUGGUGGUAUCUCACGAUCGCAACUUUUUGGAUACGGUGCCAACUGAUAUUUUACAUUUACAUUCCCAACAGUUGGAGCCAUACAAGGGCAACUAUGAGCAGUUUGAGAAAACAAAGAAUGAAAAACUCAAGGCCCAACGUAGAGAAUAUGAGGCUCAAAUGGCUCAUCGAAAUCAUGUACAAGAGUUCAUAGACCGUUUCCGUUAUAAUGCGAAUCGAGCUGCUUCGGUACAAUCCAAAAUCAAAAUGUUGGAGAAAUUGCCCGAACUGAAACCUGUUGAAAAGGAAGUGGAAGUUAAGCUUAAAUUCCCCGAUGUAGAACCUUUGAAUCCUCCUGUUUUAGCUAUAUCCGAUAUUGAAUUCAGAUACAAUCCCAACGAUCCAUUGCCUGUAUUUAAAAAUGUCAAUCUCUCAGCUACAUCAGAUUCCAGGAUAUGUAUUGUGGGUGAAAACGGAGCUGGUAAAUCCACACUGCUGAAAAUUAUUGUGGGACAGCUGACAACGCCCUUGGGAAAUAUUGUCUUACAUCGCAGCUUACGUAUAGGGUACUUUGCCCAACAUCACGUUGACCAUCUCAAUAUGAAUCUAACAUGCGUUGGAGUUCUGGCAGAACUAUUUCCGGGUAGACCUGAUGAAGAAUAUCGCAGGCAGUUGGGUAGUUUUGGAGUCUCAGGAACAUUGGCACUACAAAGUCUGGCUAGUUUAUCAGGAGGUCAAAAAUCCAGAGUAGCUUUAGCUAAAAUGUGCAUGGCCGAACCUAAUUUCUUAGUUCUUGAUGAACCCACCAAUCAUUUAGAUAUUGAAACGAUAGAUGCUUUGGGUAAAGCCAUAAAUGCUUUUAAGGGUGGCGUCAUUUUAGUAUCUCACGACGAACGUUUAAUUAAAGUGGUUUGCAAGGAACUUUGGGUUUGCGGUGAUCGCACCGUUCGCGCCAUUGAAGGCGGUUUGGAUGAAUACAAGCGUGAAGUAUACAAAGAAAUUGAAGCUAAUAGUUAAAUUCUCUACAUGUUUGUGCAUAUGAUGUGAUUCUUCAUAACCGUUACAUUUAUCCAACAAAAGAUAUCAACUACUUUAUUUUCUCCAUAAAGGCCUCAUCCAUUAGUUGAAAUUGUUUUCGAAAAUCGAAUGUAUGAGAUUAAAAAAAUGGCCUCUAAAGAUAGGUAAAAAUAGAAUGAAUUUAUGAAAAAAAAUAGAAAGGAGCAACACAAAAGUCAACCCCACACUCUGUUGUAAUAAAUUUUAUUUAUAAAAAAAUUGA